AUGUCAUCACGCAAAUCGCUCUCCUCACUCAACAAUUCUAAACUCAUCAACACCCAAGCACCAACAAAGAGAACCAAAGUUUUCUUUGAUGUUACUAUCGCAGGAAAGGAUGCCGGACGUAUUGUUAUGGAACUUUUCGAUGAUAUUGUACCAAAAACUGCUGAAAAUUUUAGAUGUCUCUGCACUGGUGAACAAGGAAUGUCUAAAAAUUAUCCAAAUAAGAAGUUCCACUUUAAAGGAUCUAUUUUCCAUAGAAUUAUUCCAAACUUUAUGCUUCAAGGAGGUGAUAUAAUUAAUGGAGAUGGUACUGGUAGUGAUUCUUUAUACGGAAGAAAGUUUGCUGAUGAAAACUUUAAAUUAAAACACAAUAAGACUGGUUUGCUUUCAAUGGCCAACUCUGGUAAGAAUACUAACGGUUCUCAAUUCUUUAUUACAACUGUCAAGACUCCAUGGUUGGAUGGUAAACAUGUUGUUUUUGGACAAGUUGUUGAAGGAAUGACAGUUGUCAGAGCUGUUGAAAAGUAUGGAACAUCUGAAGGUAGACCAAAAGCUAGAGUUGUUAUUGCUGAUUGUGGACAAUUGAAG